GAACCAUCAAUCGUAAUUCUUUAAAAAUUGAAAAUACAUAGAGCAUUUAAUUUAAUGCUCAGCAUUAGCAAAACAAAAAUGGAUUUUUUAGAGGAAGGUAGAUGGAAGGAUCCGUUUGAUGAACUUUUGGACUCCAGAACGAAACUAAGUAAAAUGAACAUAGUAAAACAAAAUGUACGAGUAACCUAUAACAUUGACUCUAGUGUUGAAAAUAGCAGCUAUAUAGAAAUAAAAGAACCAAAUCACAAAAACGAACCUUUAACUCUUGAAGAUUGCUCUAUAAAAGUGUAUUGCCCCAGUGAUUCUAUAUCAACUCCUUGCGAUAAACGAUUAGGAGGCACAACAGGAUUAUUUGAAACCGACCUCUCUCCAAUUACUCGCUUAAAACUUGAAGGUGUGGAAGACAGUAGAGACAAAUGCGCUGAUACUAAUGAGGCAGAUUUAUAUGUAAAUGUUGAAAUUCUUUUUCAAAACAUAAAUUCCAGCCCUAAAAAAUGUUCUAAUUUUGGGAAAAAACGAUUGAGUAAUUUAAAUAAGAUGGUUACUGCUGUACACCCUUCGAUUUCAUUAAAUCCGGGAAAAUGGAGAAAAUCGCUAAACAAUUUUAUCAGAUCAAAAAUAACCGAAACAAAUUUCACGAAAAAGGUAGAACGUCGAAGCUCAAUAUGCCAGGAUCGAAAAUCAUUAGUUUUGAAAGGCGAACAUAAAUUUGAGAAUAAAUAUGAAGAAGAUGUUCUUAAAUAUUGCCAUCAGUGUACACCACUUCCGUUUAAUACUGCAUACGAACAACAUAAAUUAUUGAAUACUAAGAAGAUUGGCGAAGGGGCUUAUGGAGAAGUAUUUCGUUGUUCGAGAAAUCAAGAAGUACUGAAAGACCACAUCUCUGAUAUUGUAUUAAAGAUUAUACCUUUGGAGGGUUCCACUGUAAUUAAUGGAGAAAAGCAAAAAACAUUCAGUCAAAUUUUACCAGAAAUAAUUAUAACUAAAAAAAUGUGCAGCCUUCGAACAAGUAAAACUAAUUCUACGAAUGGAUUUGUGAGCAUACAAAAGGUAUCACUAGUUAAAGGAAGGUAUCCACCACAUUUUAUAAAGCUUUGGGAAAAGUAUGACAACGAAAAGGGAUCUGAAAAUGACCAUCCGGAACUUUUUGGAGACAAUCAACUUUUUGCAGUCCUAGAACUGAAGUUUGCCGGAAGUGACAUGGCAAAUUUUAAAUUUUUAAAUUCCGAACAAUCAUAUUACGCUUUACAACAGAUUAUUCUAGCGCUUGCUGUUGGUGAAGAAGAGUAUCAAUUUGAGCACAGGGACCUUCAUUUGGGAAACAUAUUAAUUGAAUACACCAAUAAGAAGCACAUAGUUUGUACAUUCAAAAGCAGUAAUUUAACUUUGCUUUCAAAAGGAGUGAACGUUACUAUUAUUGACUACACACUUUCAAGAGUUACAAUUAAUGACUGCUGCUAUUUUAAUGAUCUCUCAAGAGAUGAGGAACUUUUCCAGGCAACAGGAGAUUAUCAAUACGAUGUCUAUCGAAUGAUGCGGAAUGAGUUAAAGAACAACUGGUCAUCGUUUUCACCCAAAACAAAUAUCAUAUGGCUAUCAUAUGUUAUCGUUAAGGUACUGGAUAGCGUGAAAUACAAAAGCAUCAAUACGAAAGUUCACAGGAUGUACAUUGAUAAAAUAAAGGAAUUGAAAAACAUUAUAAUGACAUUUGAAAGUGCUUCUCAUUGCGCAAAUUAUCUGUUUAAUUUAAAUUAAGAUGCAUGUACUGAUUGAAAAGAUUUCGAAAUAUAUAUAAAAGUGAACUUAAAAAAAUUC